GGUGACCCUGGCGCCAGGGCAGCAGAUGAUGGUGCAUGCCUCCAUCAAGGUGGCAAGCACCGAGACAGGCAUUAUCUUUGGUUAUGUUACGUAUGAGAAGAAGAGUGCCGCCGACAAGGAGUGCACUGUGCUGAACGAGCUGCACGUAGACAUCCUGGACUACAUUGAGCGCGCUUGGAUCGGCGAGCUCGCGUUCCGGACCAUGUGGUCUGAGUUCGAGUGGGAGAACAAGAUCAACAUCAACACCUCGAUAACCGAGGUCGGCACCUUCUUGGAGCACAUUAUGCGGAAUACAAACAUGUCCAUCGUUGGCCGCAGCUACAAGAAGG